UUAUCUAAUCAGCUGUCCUCAGUGACUGACAGGUCCACCAGCUGGAGCAACAGUAUAUAAACUCUGUGUUUAGUUCAGGAAGGCAUCCUUCACCCAGAGACUGCUGCUGCUGCUGCUUGGAUUCAUCACAACAAGAUGGCGUCAGGUCUGCUCUUCCUGCUGCUCCUCGGGAUCGGAGGAAAUAUGUUUUCUGAAGCUUUGCUACCAGUUUGUUUUCCAGGCUUCUGUCGCCUUUGUCCUGGCGGCUGGACUGUCUAUGAUGGCUACUGUUACCAGUUUGUGAACCAGGAACUGGCUUGGGCCGAUGCUGAGGCAUUCUGCAUUAAACACAGCGGACAUCUGACCUCCAUCAAAAACACAGAUCAGUACAACUUCAUCAGGGAUCUGAUCGUCAAAGGAGCAGGAUUCAACCAAAAGUCUUGGGUUGGAGGCACCAAUGCAGUCAGGAACGAUCUGUGGAUGUGGACCGAUGGAACACCGUUUACCUUUAAGAACUGGGGUCCAGGUGAACCCAACAACCAGGGAGGAAACGAGCACUGCAUGGACAUCAACCUGCGCGAGCAAGAUUAUGUCAACGACGAGGAAUGCACCCAAGAGCUCUCCUUUGUCUGUAUUAAACCAGUGAAACCCGUCUUCCUACCAAAAUAAUCAAAACCACAACAUAAAUAAAAAUGUCCUCCUGA